CUCGCGAUGACUCAGCCAACCCGUGAUCCGUGAAUGCCCAGUGAUUCGGUGACAAUUCCGCCACCGCAGCUGAUCUUGCGGGCAACACUCUUCACAACGUUGAUCUGGACUGAGAAAUGAGUGAUUUCGAAUCGACUCACUGCUCAAAUUUGGACGUAAACACUUGAAUUACAAUUUGAAAAGGUUGGCGGUGGGAUCAGAAACAGACAGCAGCUGGAUGUAGAAUACUGAUCCUGCACGCUGAUUGGCUGAUACGCACUUAUUCUCGCUUAGCGCAGGCUGAACCUUGACCCGGCCGCCAAGAAAAUCAGAUCAGUCUUUGUCUCUUUUUGCCCGCAGAAAACAGCCGCCCAAAUCAGCCCUUACCAAGUGCUGCUUUCCAGCACCUUUUUCUGAUCAAAAACCAAACCGCGCUAGUACGGCAGAUUCCCCGUCCCCCCAUCAAAAACUGCGCAGGCAAUUAACUCGCCCAGCGCAAACUCAAAAAGAUCACCCACUUGGCCCUCUCGCUACUACAAAUACCUUCCCCCCACCCAUUCUUCUCCCUCUUCCUUACAACCUCCCAACCUGCUCCUUACAUCGUCGUCAUCAACCACCAUCCACCACUUUCAUCAACAACCACAUAUUUCAUCAAAAUAUCCAUCUCUAAAUAACUCUCACGACAUUCAAGAUGGCCAGAACCAAGCAAACUGCCCGUAAAUCUACCGGAGGCAAGGUCCCCCGCAAGCAGCUCGCCUCCAAGGCAGCUCGCAAAGCCGCCCCAUCCACUGGUGGUGUCAAGAAGCCCCAUCGCUAUAAGCCUGGUACCGUCGCUCUCCGUGAGAUUCGUCGUUACCAGAAGUCUACUGAGCUCCUCAUCCGCAAGCUCCCAUUCCAGCGCCUUGUCCGUGAAAUCGCCCAAGACUUCAAGUCGGAUCUGCGCUUCCAGUCCUCCGCCAUUGGUGCCCUUCAAGAGUCCGUCGAGGCUUACCUCGUCUCCCUCUUCGAAGAUACCAACCUGUGCGCCAUCCACGCCAAGCGUGUUACCAUCCAGUCGAAAGACAUCCAACUCGCCCGUCGUCUGCGUGGUGAACGGUCGUCUUGAAUAGUUUUUGUCUUUCUGUUUUUUUUGUUUCAUGACGAAUGGGUUUUUGUGUGUUUUGCACCAAGGUGUUCUGACAACUGUCGUCUCUUAUGACUAGUGAGGCGAUGGCUUGCUUCUCUUUUUUUUUCUCCAUCUGGGUUUUCUAGUUUGCCGGUUUCAAUUUUUAUUUAUUAGCACAUUAAACGUGUGAGAUCGUUGCGAUCACAGUGGCAAUGGCGGUUGGGAAUUCGGUCAAAGGCGCACUUCGUUACUAAUUCUGUUUUUUUUUGUUUUUUUUUUUUUUUUUUUUUAAAAAUGUUGUACAUUAUGUGCGCAUCGUUCUUCCGAGACAAAUAAAAUCAACACGGAUUCGUUUGUCGUUCAACACUUUUUUAAUAUCUCCCUCUUCCUGCUCUUCAUAGUAUCCCUAUCUAUCGUCAUCGGUGUGUACUGUAGAUCCUACCAUUCCACGCGUUAUUAUCGAUGAUUCCGUUCAUCGUUUAUGCACGGUCGCAUUGUUAGUAGGCGUCAACCAUGCCUGGUGCCCAGGUGCUCAUUAAAUUCCCGGCACACUUUUACAAUAAUAAAUAGCAGUGGCACAGUAGUUCUUAGAUCCCCCCCUUCAUAUUUUACGCUGCAUAAGUCGCCACACACAUUUCACGUACUUACACUUUCCAAAAUCACCCGUCUCAUUCCCUUGGAUUUGUAAAUUAAAAAUUUACUUGGUUUUAAUAAACGAGUUGGGUAACUAUUACUUAAUAAGUUGUGUAUAAAAUGUUGCGCAGCGGCCUUUUGAAGCUAGCUAGCCAUGUAUUCCAGGCGCCUUUCCAUCUACGUAAAUUAAGUUUCGUGGGUAUUUUCUCGUAUGGGUUUAUAAAUCUAUAGAGAAAAGGUAUUUAUAUAAUACGAAUCAGAAUUAUACGAUGGGUUGAAUCGGUAGGUGCCAUUUGAUUGCUUUGAAUAUCGAAAUGUGGAGAGGUGCA